AUGCAAACACAGACGCACACCACACCCGAUCGUCAUGGCUAUAGCCUGCGCUUCUCGCCCUUCGAGGCGAAUCAUAUGCUGCUGGCAACUAGCCAAUUGUACGGUCUUGCUGGUGGCGGUUCGCUCUUUUUGCUUGCCCAGAGCUCGACAGCGGACGCCAAGAUCGGCGUCCAGUCACAGCAGCAGCUCACAGAGCUGUGCCGUCUGGAGUGGUCCGAUGGGCUGUUUGAUGUCGCCUGGUGUCCAUAUGCCGCGGAUAUAGCGGCCACCGCCUCUGGCGAUGGUUCGCUGCAGAUCUGGUCCGGCUUGGAUGUCGAAUCGGCGGUGACAGAGCAAACACCCAAGGAGCCAUUGAUUUGCCUGCAGGAACACAAGAACGAGAUCUACAGUUUGGAUUGGGGCGAGAAGUGGAACUAUCACACUUUGCUCUCGGCCAGUUGGGACUGUACACUCAAGCUGUGGGAUUGCAACAGGCAGAACUCCAUCACGACGUUUGUGGGACACAAUGAUUUGAUAUAUUGCGCAAAGUAUUCGCCAUUGAUCGCGAAUCUCUUUGCCAGCGUAAGUACCGAUGGGCAUUUAAACUUAUGGAAUUCUCUUGAUUUUCCAGGUAAACCCCUUAUGAGCAUCGAGGCGCAUGCCAGCGAGGUCCUCUCCUGUGACUGGAGCCACUUUGAUCGCAAUGUGCUGCUAACGGGCGGAUCGGAUGGUCUGAUACGUGGUUGGGACUUGCGCAAGAUGCGCACACACAUCUUCGAGCUGUACUCGGGCGAGUUUGCGGUCAGACGUUUGGCCUGUUCCCCGCACUCGGCGACGGUGCUUGCAUCGGCCAAUUAUGAUUUUACAACGCGCAUUUGGGAUCUGGGGCGAGGCGAAUCUCCGCAGGAGAUUAAUGCCCAACACACGGAAUUUGUUUGCGGCCUGGACUGGAAUCCUCAACGUGCACACGAGCUGGCCGAUUGCGGCUGGGAUUCGUUGGUCAAUGUCUAUACGCCGCAGUGCCUGGCUUAGACACUAGCCACAAUAGCUUCAUAUGCUUUAACGCUGGCCUUACCCCCAAAACUGGAUAACUGGAACCGCGCAUCUAGACUCUGGAACUGGUACUCCAAAAACCGAAACCGAAAUGUGAUAAGGUGCACGUGGCACCAAAAUAGCCUACAAAAAGGUAGACAACUGAACGAUAGCUGAGCUAUGCAACCUCUAAGGAAACGAUGACCUGUAAAUUGUUGUGAUAUAUGAUCGAAGAGUGAAAGAGAGGGAGAGAAUACCCAAGUGAAACGAAUCC